AAUGUUUACGUUUUUGUACGCAAGUCUGAACAGCACUUUCAUUUUGUGUGCUUCAUGUUUCAACACUGACUGCCCUGGUUAUAUAUAUUUUACUGAGAUAGAUACAUUUUAUUGAGAUAGAGGAUAUAUUCUGAAGGUGGUCUCCCUAUAAAUGAUGGGGAGUGGAUCUCAGAUAGUGCACGAGGCAGGGACUUCUAUACCUCCCAAGCCUGUUGUACAGUCAGUGAAGGCUGAGAAAGACAAUGAACGUGUUGACAUGGAAGAUAAACAGCUGGACCCAUGUCCUUUGGAUUCUCAUGUUUCCACUCAUUCUGUUGGUCUUUCAUUGUCUGCUAGAAAACCCAGAAUGCCCAGUACGUUAGAUGAUUUUGACGUUAUUGGAACCAUUGGAUCAGGGUCAUAUGGAACUUGCAAGAAAAUUAGGAGGAAGCGGGAUGGAAAGAUCCUGGUGUGGAAGGAAAUGGAGUAUGGCUCCAUGACAGAAUCUGAGAAACAGAUGUUGGUGUCUGAGGUCAACUUACUACGAGAACUGAAACACCAACACAUAGUUCGUUACUAUGACAGGAUCAUCGACCGUAGUAACACCACCAUAUAUAUUAUCAUGGAGUACUGUGAUGGGGGUGACCUGGCAGUUCUUAUUUCCAGCUGCAGAAGGGAUGGUACCCACUUAGAUGAAGAUUUUGUGUGGAAAAUGUUGAUACAAAUGACCUCUGCACUGAAGGAAUGCCAUCGCAGAAAGAAUGGUAAAGCUGUGCUACAUAGAGACCUUAAACCAGCCAACAUCUUCCUGGACUCGGACAGUAAUGUGAAACUCGGCGACUUUGGACUUGCCCGUGUUCUGCAUCAUGAAACUAGCUUCGCAAAAACGUUUGUUGGAACCCCAUAUUACAUGUCUCCUGAGUUGGUUAACAACAUGUCGUACAAUGAAAAAUCUGACAUUUGGUCAAUGGGUUGCAUGUUGUAUGAGAUGUGUGCCCUAUAUCCCCCCUUUACAGCCACAAACCAGCAGGACCUGAACAAGAAGAUCUGUAUAGGGGAUUAUAAAAGGAUACCGAGUCGAUACUCGGAGGAUCUCGACACCAUUAUCGCCAAAUUCCUCCGUGUAGAGGUGAAUAAGAGACCGAGCAUUGAUACCAUCCUAGCAGACCCGAUAGUGCUGCGAAGAAAUUGUAAACUGGAACGAGUGGAACGACGAAACUCAGCAGGAAGCACUGGGGCAGACUCACUAAAUUCUUUGAAGGAAGAGCUGAGAUUAAAAGAGAAGAAGCUGGAAAUGAAAGAAAAAGAAUUGAAAAGUCAUGAACGAGAACUUGCAAUCAGAGAGAAAAUGGUGGAAGAUAAAUUGAAAAGAAUUGAGUUACUGAGUAAGGAAUUCAAGAGAAAGACUGAGCUGUCUCGUGAGAUGACAUCCUCUGGGGAUGGAGAUGACCUUUUUGAUGGUUUGCACCCUUGUCUGUCAAGAGGUAAACGUGAUCCAGAUUCUCCAAAGAAAAAAGUAUCGUUUGAAAUGUAUGGCAAAGAAAAUCUCCGCAGACAUGACAAAUACCUGUACAAGGAUUACUCCAUCGAUCACCUCCUCACCAAAGACUAUACAAAAUAUUCCUCUGAUCUCAAAGACUAUGAUCAUUUGUAUGAAGCAGAACUUGCCAAAAGAAGAGACCUUAAGGACAGACUAUACAAGGCGAAAUCCAAAAUUACAGAUUUACAUGAUCUGAAAAUAGAUUCUCACAUACGAAAUAGAAAUUUGCUGUAUUUUAGGUAAUGUCUUUUUAUGGAAGGUUAUAAUUUUGGAACAUUUUUUCAUGCACAAUUUUUCUAACAUUUUACCAUUAUUUAUUUUUCAUGAGCAAGAUAGGUUUGUUUGUUUUUAAGCAGACCAGAUAUAUUAGUAUUUGCCACUGAAUGGAAUUUAUACAUACUGCCCACUUAACUGGGGUGUGCAUGUAAUCGCCAGUUUAAAGCAUUACAUUUUACUGUAUACUAUAGUAUUCAUUUUCCUCCGUUUUCAAUUUUUGAAUGCUUUACUUUCACAUAUUCUAAGAUGUUUAAUACCCAUAUGAACAAAAAUGCAAGGGAUAACUGUGAUGUAACAUUCAGACUCCCAUUUGCUGACGUUCAAAUAUCUAAGUCAAAUUUUUUAGAGACUUGCCUCUACCGGACUUAUGAUCUUUGUUCCAGAUAUUCAGUAAAGUCCAGCACCUGAUACCAUCAGGGGAAAAAAUAUUACACAUUUAUUACAUUAAUUACAAAUAAAGAAGAUAAAAUUAGCAAUUUACAAAAUUUAGGAAUUGUGCCUGUAUAGUGAUGUUAUGCCAAUUUACAUAACUUGUUGUUUUGUUAUUGAAUAAUAAAAUGAUGGACAUUUUA